GUUUGUUUGUAAAUGCAUCAUAAAGAGACAGCCCAGAAUGAAGAAAGCAAGCAGGAGUGUUGGCUCAGUGCCCAAAGUGCCUGGAGUAAAUAAAGCUCAAACAACUGAAAAAACCAAGCCAGAAAACGGCUCCUCGGUGUCUGCAGUAACAAAACUCUCCAAAACUGGGACAUCGGCCUCCCUUUUGAAGACUAAGAGUAAUGAUGACCUCUUAGCGGGGAUGACUGGUGGCGGUGGAGUGACAAUGACCAACGGUGUCAAGGCAAAGAAGAACACUUCUGCAUCAACAGCAUCUUCAGCUUCAGGGACCACCAUGAGCAGUCUGGAAACCAAACAAAAAACUGUAGCAGGUCCAAGUUCCACAACUAAGCGUAGCACUUCGUCUGGAAAUAAAGAAUCAAGUUCUUCUCGAGAGAGAAUACGGGACCGUUCCCGUUUGAGCCAGAGCAAGAAGCUCCCUCUGACUGGACAAGGGACCAACGAUAUGGUACUGGCAAAACGUUCCCGCAGCCGUACCAAUCCGGAAUCGGAUAUUCGAAUGAGCAAGUCCAAGUCAGACAAUCAGAUCAGUGACAAAGCUGCUUUGGAAGCAAAGGUGAACGAUCUUUUGACGCUAGCAAAAACUAAAGAUGUGGAAAUCUUGCAUCUGAGGAAUGAACUGAGGGAUAUGCGUGCUCAGCUGGGACUUAAUGAAGAUCAAAUCGAAGGCGAUGAAAAAUCUGAAGAAAAGGAAGCCAUUGUUGUCCAUCAGCCCACGGAUGUCGAGUCCACAUUGCUACAGUUACAGGAGCAAAACACUGCCAUCCGAGAGGAGCUCAACCAGUUGAAAAAUGAGAAUCGCAUGCUAAAGGACAGGCUAAAUGCAUUGGGGUUUUCUUUGGAGCAAAGGCUGGACAACUCUGAAAAGCUCUUUGGCUAUCAGUCCUUGAGCCCAGAGAUUACAGCUGGCAACCACAGUGAUGGUGGUGGUACUCUUACUUCUUCAGUGGAAGGUUCUGCGCCAGGGUCAAUGGAAGACCUCUUAAGUCAAGAUGAAAAUACUUUGAUGGACAACCAACAUAGUAACUCGAUGGAUAAUUUAGACAGUGAGUGCAGUGAAGUUUAUCAGCCGCUGACAUCAAGUGAUGAUGCCUUAGAUGCUCCCUCAUCUUCAGAGUCUGAGGGUGUACCAAGUAUUGAGAGAUCUAGAAAAGGAAGCAGUGGCAAUGCCAGUGAAGUGUCCGUAGCUUGUCUGACUGAACGGAUACAUCAGAUGGAAGAGAACCAACACAGCACAGCAGAAGAACUCCAGGCAACACUGCAAGAGCUUGCAGAUUUACAGCAGAUAACCCAAGAGCUGAACAGUGAGAACGAAAGACUUGGAGAGGAGAAAGUAAUCCUUAUGGAAUCUUUGUGCCAGCAAAGUGACAAGUUGGAGCACUUCAGCCGGCAGAUCGAGUACUUUCGGUCUCUUUUAGAUGAACACCAUAUCUCCUACGUAAUUGAUGAAGAUAUGAAAAGUGGUCGCUACAUGGAGUUAGAGCAGCGCUACAUGGAUCUUGCAGAGAACGCUCGGUUUGAGCGGGAGCAGCUGCUAGGUGUUCAGCAGCACUUGAGCAACACUUUGAAGAUGGCAGAACAAGACAACAAGGAGGCCCAAGAAAUGAUAGGGGCCUUAAAAGAACGAAAUCAUCACAUGGAACGGAUUAUAGAAUCGGAGCAGAAGAGCAAGACAGCAAUAGCAUCAACCCUGGAGGAGUACAAAGCCACAGUAGCCAGUGACCAAAUUGAGAUGAACAGGCUGAAAGCUCAGUUAGAGCAUGAAAAGCAGAAAGUGGCUGAGCUGUAUUCUAUACACAAUUCCGGAGAUAAAUCGGAUAUACAAGAUUUGCUGGAGAGUGUCAGGCUGGAUAAAGAAAAAGCAGAGACGUUGGCCAGUAGUCUGCAAGAAGAGCUGGCCCACACUCGCAAUGAUGCUAAUCGAUUGCAGGAUGCCAUUGCUAAGGUUGAAGAUGAAUACAGAGUGUUUCAAGAAGAGGCCAAGAAACAAAUCGAGGAUCUCAAUGUCACUCUAGAGAAACUUCGGGCAGAGCUAGAUGAAAAAGAGACUGAGAGAAGUGACAUGAAAGAAACAAUUUUUGAGCUGGAAGAUGAAGUAGAACAGCAUCGUGCUGUGAAACUUCACGACAAUCUCAUCAUAUCUGAUUUGGAGAAUACCGUUAAAAAACUUCAGGACCAAAAGCAUGACAUGGAAAGAGAAAUAAAGAAUCUUCACAGGAGACUCCGGGAGGAGUCGGCAGAAUGGCGUCAAUUCCAAGCUGAUCUGCAGACUGCUGUGGUUAUAGCAAAUGAUAUAAAAUCUGAGGCCCAGGAAGAGAUAGGAGACCUAAAGCGUAGAUUACAUGAAGCUCAGGAGAAAAAUGAGAAGCUCACUAAAGAGUUGGAGGAAAUCAAGUCACGCAAGCAAGAAGAAGAACGUGGUCGAGUAUACAAUUACAUGAAUGCCGUAGAGAGAGAUCUGGCAGCUCUGAGACAGGGAAUGGGGCUGAGUCGCAGAUCGUCUACUUCCUCAGAGCCAACUCCUACUGUAAAAACACUCAUCAAGUCAUUUGACAGUGCCUCCCAAGUUCCAAGUCCUGCUGCUGCCACAAUUCCUCGCACUCCUCUGAGUCCAAGCCCCAUGAAAACUCCCCCAGCUGCUGCUGUGUCCCCCAUGCAGAGGCAUUCCAUAAGUGGACCAAUCUCGGCUUCUAAACCCCUUGCUACUUUGACAGACAAAAGACCAAGCUAUGCUGAAAUCCCUGUUCAAGAGCACUUGUUGAGAACAUCUUCUACCAGCAGGCCAGCCUCUCUGCCAAGAGUACCUGCUAUGGAAAGUGCCAAGUCUAUUUCGGUUUCUCGAAGAAGUAGUGAAGAAAUCAAGCGGGAUAUCAGCGCACCAGAUGGAGCAUCUCCAGCCUCUCUCAUGACAAUGGGUACCACCUCCCCACAGCUCUCACUGUCAUCUUCUCCCACAGCAUCAGUCACCCCUACCACCAGGAGUCGAAUAAGGGAAGAAAGGAAAGAUCCCUUGUCUGCCCUAGCAAGAGAAUAUGGAGGAUCCAAGAGAAAUGCCUUACUGAAGUGGUGCCAGAAAAAAACAGAAGGCUAUCAGAAUAUCGACAUAACAAACUUCAGCAGUAGCUGGAACGAUGGCUUGGCUUUCUGUGCAGUCCUCCAUACUUACCUCCCAGCCCAUAUUCCAUACCAAGAACUAAACAGCCAGGACAAGAGAAGAAAUUUCACCUUGGCUUUUCAGGCAGCUGAAAGUGUUGGCAUCAAAUCUACUCUGGACAUCAAUGAAAUGGUGCGAACCGAGCGUCCAGACUGGCAGAAUGUCAUGCUGUAUGUUACAGCAAUUUACAAAUACUUUGAAACCUGAGACCCUAGAAAUCCAACAGACUUGUGGGAUAGAACUGAAAUUAGCUACCAGAUGGAAAACAUACUGAAAUGCUAAUCUCCAUUUCACUGAAAACUGGCAACAUUUUGAGUCCCCUCAAACUUCAGUGACGUGAUCCGGGAUUGCCUCGAGUUGCUUCAGCUACUAAGCCUGGAAACACCUGUUUAAAAGCAAGAACUUGUUGCCACCCUGCUUGGAAUAACCCAAGUUAUUAAGCUAUCCGGAUUAACUAUUAAAAAGCCUGGACUUCUUAUGUACUGCCUUUCCAGCCAGACUUCCUGAAGCUUUCUUUCCUAAGAAAGUGAGAUGAAUGGACUGUCUAAUAUAUAGGAGACUGAAUGUACAGCUAAAGCUUUGAGAAGGAAAAGGAUAAUUAAUUUUGGCGUCAUAAUACUGAACUUUGUGUAGUGUCCCAAUGCCACAGAGUCUGAAUAUUCUACCCACAACUUAUGGCACCCUCAAUGCAGUAGAAUUCUUGAUGGUAAUUCAGUUACUGCCUUUAUUGCUAUUUUCCCUCCUUUAAAAUGUGCACAAUACUCUAGGAAAACGAGCUGUUGUCCCGUGAUGUCGACUUGGCUGAGAAAUGCUCUCGAUACCUCGAAGAAUUUGGCACAGAAGAACUGAUCAUAACCAAGCUUCAUUAUAAGCCUACCUCUGUCACAGCGAUGUGGCUUCCAACUUUACCUAAUGGAUUGUAAGGACUAGCACGUAGAACUCCUGGUUUUCAGGGUGCGGUAUGGAAAGGAAUCUGUCCUAAAACCUCCCUGUGCUUCCAUUCUAGCAGAGAUUAAUCAAUAAUCUGCCCUUGUGUAGCCUGUUCUUUGCUGUGUUCCUCCUUGGCCUGUGUAGCGCACACACACACAACCUCCCCCGGCUCUCCUUUACAGCAAUACAAACACAUCCUGAAUUUCUGUGGUAGAAUUUUGGAACUGGGAUAGUAUUUCCUCUUGAGAGGAGAGAAGUUUCAUUGAGAUGUAGUAAUGAAGUAGCUUGUCUCAAAAUCUAACUUUGCUGUGUUUUCUGUGUAUUUUUCACUGAUCUUGCACAUCCUUAUCUGCUUGGCGGAAGAUGAGACCUUCUCAGGCAAGAGCUGUGGAGGAACCAGUGUGAUGUGUGUGUAUCCAGAAGUCUACAAUAUUGUGUGCAAAAGUCACAAAGAAGGAAUUGAGAAACUUUAGUCUGCUCAGCUUUUCUUUUAUUUACACCUGAAUUUGUGUAACAGCUCUCGGGCAGAAGAGUUCGUGUAAGUGCCUUAGCUAUCAGUGAAUUGAUGCAUCCAGGCACUUCAGGGCCUCGUGCAGAAUGUUAACAGCCCCAAAUGAUUUCCUUUGUCAAUUUAUCAUAAGCUGUUAAAAUGUUUGUUGUAAUCUUGUUUAUCAACUCAGUGCAGUCUGUGAUAGCUCCUGUCUCUUAUUUUCCUUGAAUAGUCAUUAACAUUGAAGCCACACUUGAGCAUCCCUCAUUAAUAUUAAGCAUAAGGCUACUUUAGAAGUGACUUCUGUGACAACUGCUAUGUAUAAGCACAUGUUCUUUCAGCACAGGAACCCUGUUAGAAAUUAAGUGAACCUGCCAUUCCUGUGGUGCUUUUAUGACUGUUAAGGACCCAUUUGAAUGUCAUAGAUGUUAAUCCAGUGAAUGCAGCUGUGCUUGGCAUCUCCCGAACUUCAUCAUGGUAUAAAAGCACAGGUUUAAGUCUAUCAUUGCCAAAUCUAAAAGGCCAGGGUCUGAAGAACAGAGACCAUGUAAAAACUCAGUAUGUUUCUAGCAACUAGAAUUAUAGAGACUUAUGGAUCUUAAUGCUUACAUUGAUGUGUCUGUAAUGGAAGAAUACAGUAAAAAUGUGCCUGGGAGAAUUAUGAAAAGUUGCUAAAAACUUAAUCCAUCCUGAGAGGCUUUGGUGAAGCUUUCAGAACAACAGUGACUCAGACAGUGUUACUGUUCUUUAGGCUGAACAUCUCUAAAAAUAGCUAGAUACCCUCAGAUUCAUUGGUACAUUGGAAGAGCCAGCAUAAGCUAACAAAGGCUUUAAGUGAAAAAGCCUUCAUGGACAGAUUUUAAUAAAAAUGAAAUAAAACAUCAAGCACAUUUUUUCUAAUAUUUGUUUACUUUUUCUUCAAAUAAAGACACCAUAAGCAUAAUCCUAUUGAAAAUAUAAACUAAUGCUGUCUUAGAUUUCAUCUCUUAAUAGUAAAGUCCUGUUUUGCACAUUAGUGCAAAAAACCUCUUGUGCAAAAACUACUUAAAACCUCUGCUCUUCCUUUGAACAGCCAUCCUUAUAUAUGAUUGUCUUCUUGCCUUAGAACUGAAAAAAAUAUUUUUCUAACGAAAAAGGCAACAGUUGCUGAUCUAAAUUUACUUGUGACCUGUUUUGUUAAUGUAAUUUGAGCUUAAAGCUGUUUUGGUGUAAUGGUGAAUUUAUGUGGAAUCGUGUAUCAAUCCCUAAUUGAAAUAACAUUAACAGUAUAUCAUUUUAAAAAGUGUUUUUUCUAGCUAUUUUCAGUUGAAAAGAUGAGCUCUUAGUCUGCAGACAGGGAGAAAAGCUAUUAGCAAUUACAUGUCAGGGGACACCCUCAUUUGCACUCUGGAGCUUUGGAUUCUGCUUGGUAUGACCUAUCUGAUAAACUUGGACUGAAUCUCUAAAGAUUAGUGGGUUCCAUAAGAAGGUUUUUUUUAUACUGACAUAUCUGAGCCUGUACAAUAAGAUGCUGCACUGCUGUCAAAUUGAAAGCAGUGAAGCAAUGGAAGAUCUACAGCAGACCUAAUGCCCUGCUGCAUUUGACAACCUAGUAUUCCUAAUGGUUUAAACUACAUUGUUUUCUCCCAAGAGGUAGAGCUGUAGCCCUUCUGGAAAUAGCCCUUCUCUUAAUCCUGAAAGAGCCUGUCCCUUCGUGCUUAUAAAGUGCAAAUUCUGAUUUCUGUUGAUUUUUUUCCUUCUUAUCCAGAAAAUAUUUCUGAAUGUACUUACAAAAGCCAAGUAUUUUAUCAUCAGUUUUUAUUCUUGCAUUUUAAUCUGUGCCUUGCUAAUGCCUGUGCUGUAAUUCAUCAGGGUUGCUCUUUGCCAGCUUCAGUGAGUGGAGGAACAAAACGUUGGUGUCGGAUACACUGAUACCACUCCAGCUAUGGGAUCUUCAGGAUCUUCAGGAUGUCAGUUGAGGACCAGGUGCUUUUUAGGUUUGGCUGGUUGACAUCAUCUUGAUUCAAGGUGAUCAGCAAUGAACCAAUUGAGCAAUUCAGAGAUGUCCUUUACCUGCAAGGAGGGAUGGGAGGGAUUAAUUUUGAUGAUUCAGGAAAACUCUAUCAGAAGUUUUCACGUGGAAUAUUGAGCAAUAACAGAAUUGAAGUGACUCAGAUGGAAUUACAGCUUAUUUGGCUUUUAAGUGUGUUGUAUACUUAAAUGGAGACACUAAUUCAGUAGCACUGGGGAAUCUCAGUGGCCCUUGUAGAGAGAUCUCAAACUUAGGCUUCUGAAAAUCUUUGAGCAGAAUUUUCCUUAUUGAAAUUACAUUUGUAGAUAGGCUAUCCAGACAGAAUAGCACUAUUAAUUACAGUAUAUUCUGAUUUUAAAACUAGGCUUUUUUCCCCUUUUCAGUUAAAUGUUCCUCAGCUUUUACCAGCUUGAUUCUGACAGUUUUUUGUCUCUAGUUUAUUAAAAUAUUUCUACUAUUUGAAUGUUUUUCUGAAGAAAGUUAAGGGUGGUUGAACUUGCCAGAGCAAAAUAAACUCAGCUUUGCAGGAUUGGUCUAAACUCCUGUCAGUUCCACUGUUCUCAGUGGGGCCUCAUUUUGGAUAACAAUCUCAGUGUUCAGUUCUUCUCCAUUUACCACUGCUGGUUCUGCACUACAGACAGGAGAAGAUUCCCCAUUUGAAUUGUGCAGGGUCUUUUGCAUGACUUUAAGCACCGUUCUUAGUUAUUGCUUGCAUUUUUUGUGCAGUUGUGACUCUUGUUAUAAUUAUAGUGUUGUUUCAAAGGCGAUGGGGAAGCUAAAGUCUUAGACCUUUCAAACUGUGGUCGAUCACACAGCCUAAUCCUUCUGGAAGGGAACACGGUUUAUAUGCAUUUACACCAUUUUUGCCUCUUGUGAGAAAUAUUCUUCUCCACGUAGCCUGAGAAAGAAAAUUUUAAAAUGUUUAAAUGCCCAAAGUGAUUUAAACUAUAGGUUGUUUUAUGAUCCGUCCCUAGAUUUGAGUGCAGAGAUGAGUAUUUGUUUCUGUUUUAUGUUCUACCAAGGCCUACUUCUGCAGUUCCUCUCUUUAAGUUAGCAGUAGUGAAUUACAUGGAUUACUGCUGUUAACCAGUUGGAGAGUUGGAAGGAAAUGGUAUUAGAGCAGGGUAGCAACACAGCGGUUCAAAACACUCAAGUUUUAGUACAGAGAGACUGGCAAAAUAUGAGAGAUGUUCCUGACUGCCCCAUGACUCCUGUGCAGCCCACAUUUCUCCAGGAUACCCUGCCGUUCCUGCCCUAGGAUCCUCAUCCCCCUAAGUGAGCUAAGGGUGCUCAACAGCUCAUAUUCCAUGUGCUCAUCCCUGUUUAGAAAGGGAUCUCUUAAGAGCCUUCCUGCACGGCGCUCCGCCCUGCUUCCAGUUGUCCAUUCAUGUAGGUUUUCCCUCUUACAUUCCCUUUGAUUUCAAUAUCGAUGUUUAACUACCCUUUGUCGUUGGCAAAAUCAAUAUGCUAAGCAUCUGGAAUAGGCAGCAAGUAUUUUUUUGAUAAUUAACGAGAAAUAACUUAAAAGAUCAAAUUUUUUUAUAGCUCUGAUCUUCCUGAGUGUUGAUUUUAAUGUCUUUUUUUCUUGUGUAUUUGUGCUUGCCAGCUUUUUAGGAUAGAACCCCUUGAACUCAUCUUGACAAGGCCACUGUCCUGGCCUCCCUAAGUGAAGUAGCUCUGCUCUCAUUGAUAGAAAUUAUUUCCCCACACUGAAAACUUAGUAAUAACCAUGAAUAACAGAUGAUUUUUUUUUCCAGCUGACAUAUAUCUUGUACUUGGCAUAGUUUCUACCCCGAGGCCAGUGCCUGCCACACAGUUGCGCAUAAAAUUCCCCUCACUUCCAGCAAGAUUUCUGUAAGCAAAACACUAGAGUAGCUUUCUUAUGGGAUGCAACAGCCUGAUGUGAUUAAGACUGUUUUGGUUUGAAUCCCCUAUUUUCAGGAGGCUUCAGCGUAGCCAAAAUCACUUACUCAAAGCUCAAACGUGGCACAUCCAGUCUCCACUGGGACGUAUCUUUCUGUUUAAUAAUAUUUUUAAGAGAUGGUAUUUAUGAAAACUCAAAAAGAAAUGUCAUGAAGCUAGUUUUGUUGCACUUUUCUAAGGCUUUUGUAUUUUGCAUAGAGUUCUAGAGUAUGGACAAGUUGUUUGGGGAAGCUGAGCUCUCAGACUUACUCUACCCCAGCACAGCCAUGUACUACGUGCGUUUUCAUUCUAAUAAUCUGUAUUAUUUUAACUGCAUGUAAGUAGUGUAUUUAUGUGGUAGUUUGAAAGCCCAGUGGACAUUUCCUGCUGCAAAGGAGCCAUUGGCAGUCUUGCUUCCACAGUUCACGGAACGUGGAGUUCACAGACUUGCUUUAACAGGAGACUGCAUUUGGAAUAGUGGAAUAAUAGUUGUUUUCUUUUUCUUGAGUUUUAUUUCAACAAAAUGGGAGAAAAAGGUUCUGUCCCGUUGUUGAAUUUUCUCUGGAGGCUUUUAUUGGUUUCCAGUUGUUGCAUAUGUUCAGCUAGGAUGAUUACUUGGGAAUCAGUGAAGAGGGCACAAGAAUACAUAUGCACUCAAGUAAGGAAUCUAGGUAACUUAGAACAUUUCAGUUUGUUGGAAUCUUUUGCUUUUACAUGUAAUGUCAGUUUUCCUAUUUUUUAAGUAAAGUCAAUUUUCCUAUUUUUAAGUAGCACUUUUGUAUUUAUCAUCUGAAGGGUUUUUUGGAGGGGAAGAAUAAGCCUUUAUGUUAUCUAAGGCAAAGAAAGUAUAAACCUACUAAGCAGAAUAUUGGCUAGUCAGCCUCCGGACCAUCAGUUCACUUGAGGUCAGUAAUGAUGGAGAGUUGCCCAAUGUGUUGGAGAUAAACGAGUGAUGCCACUUGGUUGGGUAGCUCUCCACAUGGCAUCAGAAGGGCAUUAAUUGGCACCUCGCCCCGUUAAUUGGGACAAGGGUGCCUUCAGGUGCGAGGCAGAACUGACCAAAUUUUGGCACCUUCAUGAGAGCAGAGCUUUGUGGAUGUCUCUCAAUCACAGCACUACGUUGGAUAAGGACUAACUUUGACAUAACACUACAACCUGUAAUAAUAUCUUCUGAAAUAGCUCAUUUAGAACUCGUUUUCCAUGGCUCUUCCCAUUUAUCCAGCCUUUCUGGUUUGUUUUGGUUUUACGCUCAUUUGAAACAAGACUGUUAGACUCAUCUAGCAGCGUUUGUAUGGAUCUGAUAACUCCUUUUCUACGCAAGAAGCACUUUUCCUUCC